AGCUGACUGCUAACCAUGCCCCCCCCAAGCCCAGCGGAGCACCCACUUACACGAACCUAACUCGAUUAUUAUAAUAUUCAACUAUAUAAUCCAAUGGGAAAGUUUGCUAAUAAGCUGCUAGUUGAGUGCCAGUUAACAUUGCCAGUUCACCCGGGAUUUCAGAAGCACUCAAGGAUUGCGGGAUGGGAAUGAGGUUCGGUUUUAUUGUUGUGGAUAGGGAAUGCAGCUCGAGGGCGAACGUCUCGAGUCAAUUUCAAUUUUGCCCACUGAAGGAUAAUUGCAAAUGGAUGAGAAUUGAACGUUUGAUUCGCUCUUAUUGAGAUGAUUUGGCUAAUCGAAUCAGUCAAGUUGAUUGAAUGACAGGUUAGCUCAUGAAUGUUAUAAUCACAGUAGGCCAGAAGUUCUUGGAAGAUAUUUCAUAGAACUCCAACGGAAAAUAUCAUAACUAAAAAAUUUUCCAGUUGAUCAUAACCUUUUUUUCUAGAAAGUCUCUUGCGAAAAAUAGCUUUAUAUUUAGGAUAUGUCCGGACUGUCUCAUCGAAUUAUGAAGGAGACACAGCGUCUUCUGGAGGAUCCGAGUCCGGGGAUUAGUGCCAUCCCGGAUGAGAAAAAUGCCCGUUACUUCCACGUUCUCGUCUCUGGGCCCCAAGACUCGCCCUACGAAGGUGGAAUUUUCAAGCUGGAGCUGUUUCUACCGGGCGCUUAUCCCAUGAAGGCGCCAUUGGUUCGGUUCCUGACGAAAAUCUAUCAUCCCAAUAUCGAUAGUUUGGGUCGAAUCUGUUUGGAUGUGCUGGGGGACAAAUGGAGUCCGGCGCUACAGAUUCGCACCAUUCUCCUUUCGAUCCAGGCCCUGCUAAGUGCUCCCAAUCCGGACGAUCCACUGGUCAACGAUGUGGCAGACUUAUGGAAGGUCAAUGAGAAGAGGGCCAUUCAGAAUGCCCGGGAGUGGACCUUGAGAUAUGCCAUGGAAAACUGAUUUUCCUUGGAAAAAACGAACAAAUUACAAAUAAUUCUGUAUUUUAGGAUCACUAAAAUGGAAUUAAAUAAGGGAAAACA